GAUUUUAGACAAUGGCCAAGUUGUUAUCAUACUACAGUUUGUGUCCGAUAAACGAUGUUCGAGAAUUUUUGGGCCUAUCUCGCGAUGUCGAUACCGGCUGUGUGAUCAACACUCUCGGAAGGAACAUUAUCCAAGUGGUGAAGUUGAGCAAUCAAAAACUCCAACACAGCUGGACUUCGCUAGACCGGCUGACCAGCAAAGUGGUUUACGAUUUCCGCUCGGAACGGUACGUGGCCGUGUUCGGGAAUCGCCAGGUCCGCUGCUGGAACCGAGAUCAGUCCGACAUUAACAAAGUGAAGAAGUUGAAGUUCUUCCGAAGCAUUCUUGAGUUGUUCACCUUGGACAACGGACAAGUUUUGGUUCUCUAUGACGAUGGAAGCUGUGAAUCACUGGAAAGUGCCGUCGACACCAGGAACGAGGACCGCAAAGAUCCGGAAAAUAUCCUGAAGAAGCCCAAUAUUGAUCCUGCCAAAGAAGCUAUCUUGAAUGUCACGGCCAUUACCGUGGACAGCGGCAACACAAUAUUGGCUUAUUUCGUCAAGGAUCAAGAGGAGGAAACUUUGACCUUGAAUUAUGCACUUUUGGAGAAGGAAAGCCUCAAGCCGCUGAAGGGCUUCCACAAGAUUACACUGCAGCGGAUUGAGCAAAAGGUGCACCUCGUUGGCCAGAGCAUUGUGGACGGAAGCGCAGGUCCUUCUCUGAUUACUAUUUGGUCCGACAAACGUAUCUUCUCGAAGCCACUGACCUUCGACGACGAAGCUCAUCACAAAUCGAUUGGCAACUUCAUAUCAAUCCUGAGCAUGAUCAACACCAGUCAACCACUGUCGAUGAUUGGCAUCAGCAAGGAUUAUGUUGCUAUCUAUGCCAACAACCUCAACCAGGACGGUGCCACACUGUUGCUGUACAACGUGCAGUUUAAGGUAGUACAAGCGAAGCAGCUGUUCAAGGUUUAUUUCAACAACUCUCGGUUCUGGUUGAGCGAAAAUCACAUUCUGCUGGCAUUUGGACAAACGCUGGCCGUGGUUCCAUUCAAGAUCAGCAAGGAGCAACUGUCGGAUAUGGUCGGGACGCAGCGAAGCAUUGAGUUGCGUUCCUACGUGGAUAAUGAAAGUAUCAACGAGGACUGCGACUUCAACGAAGGUUUUGCCUUUGUUGGGAAUCUGGAAAGCGUGGUGGAUGAAGAAAGUGAUGAAGAAGAUUCCAAACCGGAAAAGGUUUACAAAAUAUUUGAAAGUGUUGAAACUUUUGAGGAAUCUUUGCGAAAGGCUUACAAGAGCAACUUACAGGUGGAUGUCCUUCGCGAUGACUCACUUCCGGACGACACCAUUCAAAUGCGCUUGAUGGCCAAUGUGGAUAACUCACUAGGGCCGUUGGUUUUCUCGGAAAAGUUCGAAAUAUUUGUCAGUGAACUUGAGAAGCACGGUUUUUGCGAAAUGGAAAUAACGGAUAAAGUUCUUCCGCUGAUGAUCGAAGCCAAUGCUUCCCUGGAUAUAGGAAAGUGUCUUAAGCGUUACAGUACUGUGUCCGAGAGGGCACUUGUGGCAGUUCUUCAGUAUGCCCUUGCCUGCAAUGAUCAACCACCAAGUGGAACGAAAAUCACUGAUUUAGAACAGCUGUUGGACAGAUACGAAGAAAGCGCAAUUCCUGCUUCCAAUCCCUCAGAAGAAAUCAAAAACCUAGACAUCUUGGAAUGCCACGACGUUGAAGACAGCUCCCGCAACGAUCUUUUGAAUAUCGUUCUUUCCUGCAGCUUCAAUCGCAGAACAAUCCUACCUCUGGUUCGAAAAGAAAUCGACCUAAACGCCGUCCUUCGACUGUUGGAUCAUUUACUGCAUUUGCUAACGGACCCAGUGUCCAGCCUUAUGGACAGCCCGACCAAUUCCGACAAUUUCAACAGCGACGACAAGGUCGUCGAAUGGGCAACGCUGCUCAUCGAUUCACACUACCAGCAGAUUAUCCUUUCCCGGGAUGGAAAGGUUCGCGAACGGAUGGUGAACUGGAUGAAUGUGGUGAAACAGCACAGCGAUUCGCUGCAGGAGUUGAAGUCGUUAGCUCCCGCGGUGCUGAGGCUGGUCGAGAAAAAGACCGGAGAAGGCGAGAAGCACGUUAACAAGUGGUACAGCGUGGAGACGGUGCAACUGUACUGAGGCGGGUGCUCCCGGGCGAGAAAUAGAUGUAGGAUGGCGGAUAAGGCCAGUUUAUGCAA